AUGUUAAUAUAUGCGCUCGCGAUCGCAGUGUGCGCCUUUGCCCUCGACGCUGGAGAGAGAGAGCGGGCGGAGGUGGCGGAGGCACGCGAGCUGGACAAUGAGUGGCGCAUGCUGCGUGAGCCAGUGCCACGUCUUGAGAGCGCAGCAGACAAUGCCUUGCGCCGUCGGAGGCUUGACGCCUCAGCGAGAGGGAGACAGUUGAUGCAGCAGAUGCAGGCCGCAGCGAACAGGGGCGCCCGCCAGUUUCGAAUUCCAGCGGGCGAUUACCACUUCGGCCAUACGCGCUUUGAGCUCAGAAACGCGAGGAAUAUGGAGGUCACGGCCAGCGGUGUCAGCUUCUGGUUCGGAUGGGGAGGAGGCAUGCGCGUUAUGACUUCAGAGGGCGUCAAAUGGACCGCGAGCGAAGCGGCGCCCUUCAUCAUCGACUAUGACCCGCCAGUCGUGGCGCAGGGCCGCGUCAUCCGCACAGACCAGCUGGCCUCCGGCAGGUGGGUCGAUGCCGAGUUUUCCACCGACUAUAUCAUGCCGAAUCGCAACCAGACCGGCAACAUCUUCGGCGAGCCUAAGGUGAAGGUUGCCUUCUGGGAUCCAGCGUCGCGAACGAUGCGGCGAACUCCAAAUGAGGCGGUCAACGUGUACCUCGCCGGUUCGACCAGCCUCGCGCCGGCAUGCGAGCCCAACACUGGCCGAAACUGCGGCACGACUUGGCGUAUUCAGAUGGCGGGCCGAACUACCGCAAUGCAUAGAUUGCUGCGCAAUGGUGAUCUGAUCUCGAUGCACCCACGGGUCUUCCCGCAUGCUAUCGAGCUCGUCGCGUGUGAACGUGUGGUGUUUGAGGAUGCACAUAUUUACGGCGGGACCAACAUCGGCGUCGUCGAGAGCAAGGGCGUAGGAAGUCAUGUCUACAGACGCAUUAAGGUCACCCGGCGGCCAGGGUCAGCCAACUUGAUGUCCGUCAACGCCGAUGGUUUCCACUCCAACUCGGCGGAGGAAGGUGCCCAGAUCAUCGACAGCGAGAUUGGCUAUACUGGCGACGACCUAGUAAACAUCUACGGUGGUAUAGGCAUCGUUGUCGAUCGGAUCGGUAAUCGAACACUUCUAGUACUGGAUCGAAAGGGCGCAAUGGACAGCAAUGUUAAAGGCGGUGAUGUGGUGCGUUUCCACAGCAUUAGGACGGACACCCUGCCCCUCGUGGCCUCCGCGAGACUCGCAUCCACGCCGUCACAUUUUGGCUCGUGGAAUGAAGUGCUGCCCAACGGCUCUGUGGUCCCCAAGGUCAAUAGCCUCAAGACGACCCUGAACGCACCGCCCUACUCCCUCGGCUUCCCUCCCUCCUUCAGUUUUGACAAUGAUGAUCUCUUUCAGCUCACCUUCCCCACGGACCUGCCGGAGGGCGUGCAACCGCUAUGGACCGUCGCACAGGUCUACGAGAAGAGCAACCGGCGAGCCAAAAUUUCGGGCUCAUGGCUCCACGAUGCCUACGCCCGCUCAGCGCUAGCCAAGACAGACGGCUUCAGCAUCUCAGAUACGCUCUUCCAACGCGGCGCCGGAGUGUACAUCGGGGUCGUGGAGAUCAACUGGCUCGAGGGCGACCUGGGCUUCGCGCGCGCGGAAGUCGUCGACUCGCGCCUAGAGGCAUGCGGCAGUCCGGCGAUCCACUCGGGUCGGGGAGAGACGCUUCUCCGUGGGAAUGUGAUACAGUCGUCCAGCGUGCUGCCUCAGUAUGCGUCGCCCCCGCCUUCGCCACCCCCGCAGCCCCCUGUGGCAGGCAGGGAGCCUUGCGGCCUCAACCAGCCCUUCACCGCCACCGAGACGAACCUCAGGAGCAGUGGCAGGUGGUGUGGCUCGCUAAUGGCACCGGCGAGCUUCAACGCCGCACGGCGCGACCUCUGCGAGCGCCACUAUGUCGGCACGCCUGAGUACUCGAGCGAGUGCGUGUAUGCGCGGACCGGUAGCCAGUGGCGGCCGCCGCCGCUUGGGGGCGGUAAGCCUUGCGGCCUCAACCAGCCCUUCACCGCCACCGAGACGAACCUCAGGAGCAGUGGCAGGUGGUGUGGCUCGCUAAUGGCACCGGCGAGCUUCAACGCCGCACGGCGCGACCUCUGCGAGCGCCACUAUGCCGGCACGCCUGAGUACUCGAGCGAGUGCGUGUAUGCGCGGACCGGCAACUUGGAGGCAUGUGGAGACUUCUACAUUGAGAUCGGCGAUGCGGCAACAGUUGGAUCGGACGGAUACGUCCCUUGCUCGGCCGGCUGCGAACAUUGCGCCAUGCGUGAAAAAGCGAACCGACUCGGUACCCGUAAGAUGGUUUGCAGGCAGGCCGGGCCGAACGAUCCUUCCGCUGUCUACUUUUCCCUGUGCUCCUGA